AUGAUGCUGCGGGCUCUCAUCUUGUGCCUCGUGAGUCUCGCAGUAGCACAAGACCGCCUAUUUUCCUCUGCCUUUGGAUACCCCGGCCGCAAUGCAAGCUACGACUACAUCGUCAUCGGCGGCGGCACCGCGGGCCUGACCCUCGCAUCGCGGCUUGCCGCAACUACUGCGUCCGUCGCCGUCGUCGAGGCCGGUGGCUUCUACGAGGUCGAGAAUGGCAACAAUAGCGUCGUUCCCCUUCUUUCGCUGACUGGCAUCGCCUUCAUCGAUCCGUUACCAGAGUUUACCCCUCAGCCCUUGAUGGACUGGUCUCUAGUCUCAGAACUGAUUCCGGGCGCCGGAGGGCGAAGGGUGCACUAUGCACAGGGAAAAACCCUCGGAGGGUCUUCGGCGAUCAACACCAUGUCGUAUAUUCGCGGGACAAAGGGAUCCUAUGACCUCUGGGCGGAAACGGUCGGCGAUGAGACGUUCAGGUGGGAGAACAUGCUCAAGUAUUUCAAGCGCUCUGUCGACCUUACGCCGCCGGACGAGGAGAAGCGUCAGAACACGAACGCGUCUGUGCGAUUUGAUCUCGGCGACUACGACGAGGGCGGAGGCCCGCUACAGGUUUCAUGGAAUAACUGGAUUGAUCCGACGCUGACCUGGCUUGCUCAAGUUCUUCUGAGUCUUGGUCUGAGCAUCAGCCUUGAGGGAUUCAGCAGUGGUGAACUGGCUGGCUACGGCGCGUGGGUGCCUUCGACGAUCGAGCCCAAAAGGGCGCAACGAUCUACAAGCGAGAGCAGCUUCCUGCGACAGGCUAUCAAGGAUACUGAAAUCAUUGUUUACACUCACACUCUAGCGACUAAGAUCCUGUUUAACGGUACGAAGGCCGUUGGCGUGAGCGUCAACUCCCAAGGGGUCGAGUACACCCUGUCUGCCCACAAAGAGGUCAUCCUCACCGCUGGCACGUUUCACUCUCCGCAACUUCUUCAACUCUCCGGCAUUGGAUCUCGCGGAAGGCUGGAAGCCCUCUCGAUCCCGGUCAUCGCCGACAUCCCCGGCGUAGGACAGAACCUCCAGGAUCCGAUCCAGAUAUUCGUCGCGUACCCCGUCAGCACGCCUUCUGCGCAAUCUCUCACCAAUGAUCCAGCUCUCAACCUGGGUUUCGUCGAAGAGUACCUCAAAUUUGGCACUGGACCCUACAGUUCCGCUGCGGGCUUCCUGGCUCACGAGCGUUUGCCCAACUCUACCCUCGCCAACCUCACGCAAGCAACUCGCGACAAGCUAGCUUCAGUUCCUUCUGACUGGCCUCAGCUUUCAUUCAUCGUCGGGUCCUUCUCAACCGGGCCUGGACAGACUAGCGGAACUCUCGCCGCCUACCUCCCUCGCGUCUUCUCCCGCGGCAACGUCACGGUAUCCUCAGCUUCCAUCGACGCGAAGCCGGUCAUCAACUUGAACUGGCUAUCUGAUCCCGCCGAUGUAGAGCUGGCUGUCACAGCCGUCAAGCGGCUCCGCACGGCCUGGGCUUCAACAUUCGCUAAUACCCCGGGAUUCAAAACUGGCCCCGAAAUGCUCCCCGGCGAUUUGGUGCAGACGGAUGAGGAAAUACUAGACUACGUCAGGGCCAACGUGGGACAGGUGUGGCAUCCAGUAUCCACUGUUGCUAUGGGCAAAGAGGAAAAUGUCGCGUUGGGUAAAGCGGUAGUUGACAGCCGUGGGCGUGUAUUUGGCGUCCAGGGACUGAGAGUCGCCGAUGCGAGCACUUUUCCGUUCGCCUUACCGGGACACCCUCAGUCUGCCGUGUACGCCUUGGCAGAAAAGAUCGCAGAGGACAUAGUCACUGAUCGUUAA